AUGGCUGGCACCCCAAUACUACUUCCCGUAUUCCAAACAACCACUCCAAUGAACUUUCUUAGAACAGUCACUAGAAGAACAUCGCCGCUUGUGGCGUUCGGUUUGGGCCUAGUCUUGUUUCCAGCUGAAUGGCGCCGCGGAAAUUGGGAAUCUCGGAAGAUUUCGUCUAUCAAUGACUCGGCCAUGAAUCAGAUCCAAAACUCUCCAUUGUACCAACAACUUUCUGCUGAUGAAGAUGUGAAGAAACAGAACGUGAGCGAGUCAUUUCCUACUCAGCACCAUAAAAACCAUAUAGGAUCGGGUAUAUUGUUUGGGCCAGACUUGUUUGAAAUUGACCCUGUGCUCUUCAUCAACGACCGCGAGGGAGAAUUGACGGGCUUCUACCACCUCGGCAAACGCUUAAUUAGUCAAGAUGGAUUAAUCCAUAAUGGAGUUACCGCCACAAUUCUAGACGAGGGCUUGUGUCGCUGUGGCUUCUCGCAGUUGCCUUCCAAGAAGGGUGUCACAGCCAACCUCAAUAUAGACUUCCACAAUCAGGCUCCACCAGACAGUACAGUUGUCUUACGUGCGAGAGUCAAAAGCGCGAAGGGACGUAAAGUGGUUAUUACAGGCGAGUUGACAACGCUCGCCACAGAGGGGACAGAACCUAUCAACAUUGCCUCAGCCUCAUGCAUUUUGGUGGAGCCCAGAUGGUUUCGCUACCUUGGCUGGUUAGGAAUCUGA